AUGGAGGAAGAACAUGANAAACCUCUAGGUUUACCAAAAUCAAAAGAAAUAUGCAGAACUGCCCGUACCAGUAAAGUAAGAUACGUUGUUGACCAUUUAAUCGAAUGUUAUUAAUUUUCAUUUAUAUAUAUGGUAAUGUGGUUUUAGAAAGUUGAAAAAAAACAAGAUAGAGCUCCCAUUGAUAAAAAAAAAAAACAGAAACAAACUAAGCAGUUAGAUAUUAAGGAAGAAAAUCAAACUAAAGUACAAUCAGUAAGAAAUUUUGUUAAAAACUUUAUUGGAUGUUGAUAAUUUUUAUCUCUUUAUAUUGUUAUGUGUUUUUAGGAAGUUGUAAAUAAUCAUAAUGGUGCUGCUAUCGAUAAAAAUAAAUAUGAAGAACAAACUAUGGAGUUAAAUAUGGAGGAAGAACAUGAAACUAAUGUACAAUCGGUAAGAAAUUUUGUUUAUUACAUGCAAAAACGCUUCAAAAAUAAUUUCAUUAUUUAGAUCAUUUAAAACAUAUAAACAAACUGUGCAGUUAAAUAAUAAGUAAGACAUUUUGUUAAAAAUUUUAUUGAAUGUUGAUAAUUUUUGGCUCUACAUAUUGUAAUGUGUUUUUAGGAAGUUGUAAAUAAUCAUAAUGGUGCUCCUAUCGAUAAAAAUAAAUAUGAAGAACAAAAUAUGAGGUUAAAUAUGGAGGAAGAAAAUCUAUCCAAUGUACAAUCAGUAAGACUUUUUGUUAAAAACUGUAUUGAAUGUUGAUAAUUUUUGUCUCUAUAUAUUGUAAUGUGAUUUUAGGAAGUUGUAAAUAAUCAUAAUGUUGAUGCUAUCGAUAAAAAUAAAAUCGAAGAACAAACUAUAGAGUUUAAUAUUGAAGAAAUUAAUGAAAAUAAUGUAGAAUCCUGUCCCACAAGUACUGCAGAAACUCCAGAAUCGGAUGAAAUUAGUUCAUCUGAAUCAUCUAUGUUUCAUGAGUGUAACGGUCGGCGAUAUCACUUUAGAAAGCAAACAAAUGAAGAAAGCCAAAUCAUCAUAGACUUUAUAAAUGAUAUAGCAACGAAAGAAGAACAAUAG